UUGGUGUCGCAACGUUAUUGGCCGAUUUUGUUUCAUUUACACGUCCAACACUAAAUGUCAAAGUCAAAUAGAUUAGAUCGGUUUUCGGUGUUUUGCUAGUGUUUUAUUAUUUUCAGAGGUUAAUUUGCAAAUUUCUGAGUUCAUACUGCAAAUAUGACUUUGGAAAUAGAAUCCAUGGUUCGCUAUGCUUCGCCCAUCAACCCGGCGGUGUUUCCGCACUUAACUCUUCUUUUAUUGGGUAGCGGCAUCUUCUUCACAGCCUGGUUUUUCGUUUAUGAAGUCACAAGCACCAAAUCGUCAAGAGAUUUGUUCAAAGAGUUGCUUCUAUCGUUGGUUGCUGCGCUGUUCUCUGGAUUCGGCAUUCUGUUUCUACUGCUCUGGGUUGGCAUCUAUGUGUGAUAUACCGAUUACCUAGUACUUAAGUUCGUAAUCUACGGUGAGCAUUCCUUACGAAUAUUCAAAUUGUGUAUGAAUAGGUGUGUAAUGUUUAAGUAAUAAAGUUUAUUAUAAUA